UUUGUAAGAAGGAAUGGCGACGAUCGAGGGGAAGAAGACGCUUGCUGCUCGGAGCUAAACCGACCAUACAGCGCGGGGAUCCUAAGUGUUAAAACGCAGGCUCCGCGGCUCCGCGGCGCAGUGAUGGAGGCGGCGGGACUAGAGGCCGGGGUGACGAUGACGCAGCCGGGCCUGGUCUCCCCGGCGCCCCCGGCCGCCCCGGCCCCCGGCGCGAGAGCCCGGGAGAGGAGGAAGACUCCGGCCUUCCUCUCCAACCUGGGCAAGCCCACCCUGCGCGGGAUCAGGAAGUGCCCGCAGUGCGGCGUGUACAACGGCACGCGCGGCCUGAGCUGCAAGAACAAGGCGUGCGGGGCGGUGUUCCGCGACGGGGGCGGCGGCCGGGGCGCCAAGAAGGGCGGGGCAGAGGUGGUGCGGCUGGUGAUCGACGGAGGGGGGGGCGGGGGGGCAGGAGGGGAGGCGGGCGGGGCCGGGGGCGCGGCCGGCGGGACGCAGGUCUUCUCGGUGCGCCAGAGGGGCCGCGGCCCGGAGCAGCGGGGCUUCGUGGAGCUGACGCUGACGGACACGGCCAUCGCCACGGCGGACGGGACGGUGCUGACCCGCGUCAGCCUGGGCCGCUGCUUCCUGCCCGCCUGCCGCCAGGGCCAGGGCCAGGGCCGCGGCCACGCCCUGCCGCGCCCCCAGCAGCGCCCGGAGAGCCCGUGCGCGCACGUGAAGCUGGCGAUGGACUGCCACGCCCAGGCCGCGCCGCUGGCGCUGAAGAGCUCGGUCCUGGACUCGCUCCGGGCGUCCGCCCCGGCGCGGGAGGAGCUGUGGCAGCUGGCCACCCAGUCCCCGGGGCCCCUGGUGCAGCGCGUGUCCCGCGGCACCCUGGUGGUCAAGUGCCACGUGUCCGACUCCCACCCCCUGGGGCUCCUGCACCUCACCGUGGGAGCGGGGCGCGGCCGGGAGGGGGGCGCCGGGAAUCGGGGGUCCUGCUUCCAGUGCGCCUGUCAGGCCGGGGGGCCGGGCAGGAGGGGCGCGGGGGGGGAGUUUCCCGCGGCGGGGGGUCCGGGGGAGGUGGCGGAUUCCGACGCGGCCCCCCCCCUCGCCCCCCCGCUCUCCUGCCUGCACUUCUUCGCCUGCGUCUGCGCCUUCGCCAGCGACGACAAGCUGGCCGUGGAGUUCGCCGCCUUCCUCAACUACGACACCAACGGUGUGCAGGUGAACCCCGACUGCCCUGAGCUCUGCUCCGGUCCUCCUCCGGCGUCUGAUCCUGCCGCUCCUCACCGAUCCAAGAAACUCCGUCUGGAAGACCCGGCCCUGGCGGCCGCUCCUGCCCUGGCUGUCAGAGAGGGCGUAUCUGCCCCUGCCCUAAGGAAGGGGGGCCAGAGGAAGCACCCCAUUUCCACCGCGCCCAAAAACUCAGAAGUCCAGCCGGUCCAUGAGAGCCACGUCUCCCUGCCCUUCCGCCAGUGGUUGGCCAGCGUCACCGAGCGGAUCCACCAGACCAUGCACUUCCAGUUCCACGGUAAGCCAGAGCCGCUGGUGUUCCACAUCCCUCAGUCCUUCUUCAACGCCCUGCAGCAGAGACUCUCCCUCGGGUCCAAGAAGAGGAGACUGCCCAACUCUACCACAGCGUUUGUGCGGAACGACGCUCUGCCCCUGGGCACCUUCUCCAAGUACACCUGGCACAUCACCAACCUGCUGCAGGUGAAGCGUGUGUUCGACACGCAAGAGCUGCCCCUGGAGCUGACCCAGAGUUUCGUGAAGAACCGCGACGGGUCGUUUUCGCCCUUCCGCUGCCAGGAGGCGCCGCCCGACACGCUGACCGAGGGCUACGGCCGAGCCCCCGCCAUCCGGCCGCUCGAGCUGCGCACCUUCCUCAAAGUGGGCCCCGCCUCCUCGGAGCAGAAGGAGGCCACGCCCUUCGUGAUCGAGUGGAUCCCGGACAUCCUGCCGCGGUCCCGCGUGGGCGAGCUGCGGAUCCGCUUCGAGUACGGACACCAGCACGGGGGGGGGCCGCAGGCCGAGCUCUGCGAGGGGGGGGGCUCCCCCCCGGACCCCGCCGUCGCCGAGGUCACCCUCCCCACCCCCGCCCCCCCGAGCCUGGAGAUCAUCCGCGUCGCCAUCCCCUGA